UACUUUAUAGUAAUUUCGUAGGGUUUAGACGCAAACAAAAACACACGCGCGCGCUGUCUGACUCCAGUUCGCUUCGGACCGCGCCGCCGUGCCACCACUCUCUAUUUGAUUCUCUAAGUAAUCGCUUCUUUUGAUUCCGCAAAUUCGAUUACUUUAUCUUCGUAGAAUGUCUUGCACUACUUUCAAUGUUGCAACCUCUUUCAAUCUUCAUCCAUGCAUUAACCAUGAAGCUUCUAAUCCGUUUGGUUUCAGAAACCACUGUAUCUUUCACAACUCUUCCACCCACUUAUUAAAAAACUUCAAUUUAACCUUCACUCAUCAUAAUUCAAGUGUUUUCAAAUGUGUUGCUCAGAGUUCGGACUCACCAGCUUCUGCUGGGGUUCAAACAAACAACAAUUCUAAAAGGGUGGCUGUUCUGGUUAUUGGUGGAGGAGGACGUGAACAUGCACUUUGCUACGCGUUGCAACGGUCACCAUCCUGUGAUACUGUAUUCUGUGCUCCUGGCAAUGCGGGAAUUGCCAGCUCAGGAAAUGCGACUUGCAUCUCAGACCUUGAUGUUUAUGAUGGUGCAGCUGUAGAGUCAUUUUGUCAGAAAUGGGGGGUGGGGCUAGUUGUUGUGGGACCUGAAGCCCCACUUGUUGCAGGUCUAUCAAAUUAUUUAGUUAAGGCUGGAAUUCCGACUUUUGGUCCAUCUGCAGAGGCUGCUGCUCUAGAAGGUUCUAAGAAUUUCAUGAAGCAUUUGUGUGACAAGUACGAUAUUCCAACUGCUAAGUACAAAACGUUUACAGACCCAUCUGCAGCAAGGCAAUAUAUUCAAGAAGAAGGAGCACCGAUUGUUAUCAAAGCCGAUGGACUGGCUGCUGGAAAAGGAGUUACCGUUGCCAUGACACUUGAAGAAGCAUAUGAAGCAGUUGAUUCAAUGCUGGUGAAGGGUGAUUUUGGUUCUGCAGGUUGUUGUAUCAUUGUUGAGGAAUUUCUAGAAGGAGAAGAAGUGUCAUUUUUUGCAUUGGUUGAUGGAGAAAAUGCAAUUCCACUAGGAUCUGCUCAGGACCAUAAAAGAGUUGGUGAUGGUGACACAGGGCCAAAUACUGGUGGCAUGGGUGCAUACUCUCCUGCUCCUAUAUUAACCAAGGAGCUUCAAUCUACAGUAAUGGAUUCUAUUAUCAUGCCAACAAUAAAAGGAAUGUCAGCAGAAGGUUGCAAGUUUGUUGGUGUUUUGUUUGCUGGGCUAAUGAUUGAGAAGAAGUCUGGCAUGCCUAAGUUAAUUGAGUAUAAUGUGCGAUUUGGUGAUCCAGAGUGCCAGGUCUUGAUGGUUCGUUUGGAGUCUGAUUUGGUGCAAGUUCUGCUUGCAGCAUGCAGGGGAGAGUUGAGUGGUGUAUCACUGGACUGGUCUCCUGACUCUGCCAUGGUUGUGGUAAUGGCAAGUAAAGGAUAUCCCGGAUCAUAUGAGAAGGGAACUAUUAUUGAAAACCUUGAAAAAGCCGAGCUUGUUGCUCCAGAUAUCAAGAUAUUCCAUGCUGGAACUGCUUUUGAUUCUGAAGGAAGAUUUAUUGCAACUGGGGCGUGUUCUUGGUGUUACAGCAAAGGGAAAUGAUCUCGAAGAGGCAUGCGAUCGAGCUUAUCAAGCUGUUGAGAAUGUGAACUGGCCAGGGGGCUUCUAUCGUCGGGAUAUUGGUUGGAGAGCCCUUCCUCAGAAACAACAUGCAUCAAAGGUGUAAACUACUGUGACAAGGUCA